UCUGAGAACCAACCGACGCUGAGCAGCGAGCGGAUGGAGAAGCGUUCUGUGGCAUCUGCCAACUCCCGACCACUCCGCUUACUAUUGGCAUCGGAGAGACGGUAGCCUAGACAGAUACAGCGGACACCUGACAGGCAGCAACAGAAGGCCUAAAGCUACAGACAACAUAAUACAUUUAGCUGUAAAAAGCAACAACAGUCUUUGCUGGAUAAAGACAGCAUUCACACAUAAAGACGAACGCGGGUGCUGAAGCUCAGCUGCGACUAGGGAGGUAUCAAAAGAUCUCAUUUGUCUGUGAUGAGAAUCGCCAUCCACCAGAGACCUAAGGUACGGCGUGCCCCCGUCAUCGUCUCCUCUGAAAGGAAGAGGAAGUGAUGUCACGUCACCACAACCGCUUCGAGAGGGAGUACCGGGGGAUGCCGUGGGAGAGGCGGGACAUCAUCCGUCCGGCUGGCCUCCUCAACGGAUCGGGAGUCAAUAACAGCUGCCCCGCCGUCAACGGUAACAACCGCCCGGGACUCCUCCCACUGCCCGUCAUCCCCUCCCUCCUGCCAACUCCGGUUACAGUUGCCGUGACGACGUCGAGUGGCGGUGACAUGGUUGUCAAGCGUCAAGGAGGGGUCACAGUCCCGGCCGCUAGUGCUGCCAAGGUGUCAGGUGUGUCUCCAGGGGAGAGGGAGAGCCAGGCUCCAGGUCUGCUGUUAGCUCCAGGGGUGAGGUGGGGACAGACACCCAUCAACCAGCUCACACCCUGGGAGACUGAUGAACCCCCUGCCAAACAGCAGCACAGAGACUGUGAACCCACAGGUCCUCCAUGGGUACCUUCAGUAGCAGCAGUGACCAAGUCCAGUCUCCUGCCCCACUCCUAUCCCCUCCAGCCCCCCUCCUUCAGCCACAGUGUCACUGUCCAGUGCCCUAUCAUAGGUCUGACCCCCUCCAUCCAGUCACCCAUGCCCCUCCACCCCCACCCGCUCAUGACAGCCCACUUCCAGCUACCCCCGCACUCCACCGCCCACCAACCCCCCUCCAUGGUGCUCAGAAUGCCCUACCAGCCACCCUACCCCUUGGCCCAGCCCCCUGUCUUCUCCUCGCCCCUCUCCACCCCCUCAGGUGGUCCCAGGGGAGCGCACCCCAACCAACACAACCACAGAGUGAUGGGGAACGGUCAUCUGACGCCGCACCCCCCUCCUCACCAGUCUCACCCAACUCACCCUCUCAUACAGCCCCCCGCCCUGCCUCUGACCAAUGGGCAGUUGGCGCGGCUAGUUUCGCCAUCUUCAGUAGCCAAUCAGGAUGGUCCUACAGGGCCCAAUGGGCUGCAGAUGCUGAGGACGGUGGGGAUGGGAAAGUACGAGUUCACAGACCCAGGACAUCCUAAAGAGAUGUUGAAGGAGUUGAACCAACAACGCAGAGCGAAAGACUUUACAGACCUGAAAAUAAUUGUUGAAGGCAAAGAGUUUGAAGUCCACCAAAAUGUUCUAGCUUCCUGCAGCCUUUAUUUCAAGGACCUGGUGAAAAGGUCGUCAGGGGAGAUGAGGAGUGGGGAGAAGCUAGAGCUGCAGAUGAGCAAUAUUGGAGCUGAUGUGUUGGAGCUGCUGCUGGAGUUUGUCUACACGGGCUCUCUGGUCAUAGACUCAGCUAACGCCAAGACACUGCUAGAGGCCGCCAACAAGUUCCAAUUCAACACCUUCUGCAAAGUCGGUGUGUCCUUCCUAGAGAAACAGCUAACGGCAGGGAACUGUCUAGGUGUGCUGGGCAUGGCUGAGGCGAUGAGAUGUACAGAGCUCCACAACAUGGCCAAAGCCUUUGCACUCCAGAACUUCCCUGAGGCAGCCGGUCAGGAGGAGAUUCUGAAUGUAUCUAAGGAGGACCUGGUGGCCUACUUGUCUAAUGACAGCCUCAAUACCAAGACUGAGGAACUGGUCUACGAGACCGCCAUCAAGUGGAUCAAACGAGACCCCACCUCCAGAGUACAGCAUGUAUCAGAGUUAUUAGCAGUGGUGCGUCUUCCGUUCAUCCACCCGUCCUACCUGCUGAACGUUGUGGACAACGAGGAGUUAAUAAAGACGUCGGAGGCGUGUCGAGACCUGGUCAACGAGGCCAAGAGAUAUCACAUGUUACCUCACGCCAGACAGGAGAUGCAGACUCCUAGGACACGACCACGGCUAUCUGCAGGUGUGGCGGAGGUAAUAGUGUUAAUAGGUGGUCGCCAGGCCAUCGGUAUGAACCAGCGGUCUCUGACGGCGGUGACAUGUUUUAACCCUCAGAACAGUAAGUGGUACCCACUGGCCAGCCUGCCCUUCUACGACAGAGAGUUAUUCAGCGUCAUCUCAGCAGGGGACAACAUCUACCUGUCAGGUGGGACAGAGUCGGGUGUGACAGUAACUGACGUGUGGUGCUACAUGUCUCUAUUGGACAACUGGAACCUGGUGUCUCGUAUGACGGUGCCUCGCUGCAGACACAACAGUCUGGUGUAUGAUGGGAAACUCUAUACCAUUGGAGGGCUGGGCGUGUCAGGAAACCUGAACCAUGUAGAGAGGUAUGACACCAUAACCAACCAGUGGGAGACUGUGUCUCCGCUCCCCAAGCCGGUGCACUCGGCAGCAGCCACGGUGUGUGGGGGGAAGGUGUAUUUGUUUGGAGGGGUGAACGAGGCGGGCCGAUCGGCGGGAGUACUACAGUCAUACGUCCCUCAGACCAACUCCUGGAGCUUCAUAGAGUCACCCAUGAUAGAUAAUAAGUAUGCCCCAGCGGUCACUCUGAAUGGGCACAUCUUUAUUCUGGGAGGAGCCUACGCCCGGGCCAUCACCAUCUAUGACCCAGACAAAGGAAACAUCAAAGCCGGACCCAACAUGAACCACUCACGACAGUUCUGCAGUGCGGUAAUCCUGGACGGUAAGAUCUACGCAACGGGGGGCAUCGUGAGCAGCGAGGGUCCUGCGCUGGGCAACAUGGAGAUCUUUGACCCCCACACCAACAACUGGACGCUCCUCCAGUCGCUGCCCUGCCCUCUCUUCAGACACGGCUGUGUUGUCAUCAAGAAGUACAUCCAGAGUGGCUGAGAUCGGUUCAGGGAUGAAUGAGUUUCCUGAAUGCUUUGUAGCCAACGUGGCUUUAAUUUCUCUGGACAACCCAGACCCACGCCUCUUGUAGAACAGCAAAGUGCUUCAGCUUCAUUUGGCGAAUUUCGUUUACUUUUCCCACAGAACUGUCAAACAUUUACAAUUACUGUUACUCUCUCUCUGCUGUGGGGCUGGGGUUGUUGAGAGCAACAAAGUGCCGUGUUAGCUAUGAAGCUUUCGGGAAACUCCCCCCUGACCGGUUUGGUCUGGUUGGGACAGGACACUCUGUGUGCAGCUUUUGGGGGUCGAUCAGUCAGCACCGCUGGACUGGACUAUCCAACUAAAACCCCCCCGGGACUUGAUGCCAGUGUUGUUGUCUUUAUCCCCACCCCUCCAGUCCCCCAUCAACCCCCCUGUGCAGAAUGUAGGCAUCUUAUCUUGAACCACUCGGCCAUGUCAGGUACCGGUGCCUAAGCUACUGUAUGUAUCAUAUAGUGUAGCUUAACCCCCUCAUAAUAUAGGCACAGGGCCACUUGGUUUGUUGUUCCCAGCUUCUUGCUAACUUCUCUUCCGUUUGAUACCAAUAGUUAAUUUAGUUCCAUUGCCGCAAUUGAAAUUGAAGGCCCUUAUCUGUUAUGUGUUCGUGACUCAAGUAUGAUGUUAAAAGCCUUCCCAGUCUUUGUUUUUUGACUCCUCAAGUGGUUUCUGUUAGUGAGGAACUUCUCUUUCCAAAUUGGAGGAUUCCCAUGGUUUAUGAGGACAUUCAGUAGUGGCAUUAGAAGGACAGGUGAAUUGGUCAGAUGUCUCAGUGCUUAAAGGGACAGUGGAGGGAUGAGGAAGUCCACAGGGUUUUAGAAACAUAUUCAUGAAACAAAACUCUGUGACAAGAGAGAGCCACAGUUGGUGAGUGAGGAGCCUCGUUUUUUGUCUAGAUGUUGUUUCCCCCUCGGUUUAAAAGGACACGUUGGAUACUUGCAGUGUCUUUUUGGGCCAGAAACAUCACUGUUGUCAGAUGACUUACCUGGGAUGACUUACCUGGGAGUGGCAGAGAGGGAAUCCCUGUAUCAUGACAUCCCAGAGAGUCUGAGAAAGACACUCCAAUGGGGCAUUUCUCCUCCACACAGCCAAAGCACAAUAACCACCAGUGGCUCCAAGGAUCAAAAUGUUUCACUAGAUUUCUGUUUUUCCUCCAUCUUUAUUUUUGUUCCAUCCUUUGUUUUAUAUUUGUAUAUCAUUGUUGGGUGGGUUGGGUAUGGAUGAGGGUUGUGGGGACAUUCUGUAAAUACGGGAAGGAAAAAUGUAUAUUUUAAAACCUGAAGGUGAUUCUGUAUAAAUGUUUUUAGAAAAAAAAACUUGAUAGGUUGGACUAAAAAUGGUGGGGCCAUACUUGCGAAUAUUAGAAAACGUUUAAGGGCUUUAUUCAAUCCGCGUCGCGGAAGUUCAGCUUUACAGCGUGAUUUAGCGGAGACUGCAUUCACGCUUCAUAUGUCGCUCAAUCGGGAAUUACCUUUUACAUUUCUGUCGCGGAAUCUGUAACGCUUCAGCUUUACAGAUUGAAUAGAGCCUGAUGUUUUAGUUCGAUUUUAAUUGGCUGAUGCUUAAACUUGUUGACAUAGUUGCAUGUUAUCAAAGGCUACAUGUUUGCUGUUACAAUUACAUAACCUGGCAAAUGUAGCCCUAUGCGAACCUCACCAGGUGGCCGUGAUUAUUUAAAAAUAAAUUGGUAGGAUUUUAUUGGAUAUUUUAUAAACAAUACAAAACAUACACAUACAAACGACAACAUCAUACAAACAUCAAUUACAUCACACCUGCCCAGACCCACUAGCAUACACCCCCAUCUCCAGGUGGCCGUGAUUAUAUCCGGUUCACAGGAGGUUGGUGGCACCUUUAAUUGGGGAGGAUCGUGUUAAUGGAUGGAGUGGAAUGGUAUCAAACACAUGGGUUCCAUUUGUUUGACGCCAUUCCAUUAGCUCCUUUCCAGCCAUUAUUAUGAGCCGUCCUCCCCUCAGCAGCCUCCGCUGUCGUUGACAUAGUUGGACUUGAUAGAACACUUUUCCACGAGAGCGUCCUUUACAGCAGUCAAACAGCACCAUCUGCUAAUCAAAGUUACUAAGACACGUAAAAAAUGUUUACUUGAUGUUUAGCUCAGUGUUGUGAGCCUGGCACUUGGUGAUUUUCGCCGUUUGCGGCAAGUUUGAAUCCCAGUUGAGAUGUAGUUUUUUCCUUUGAACUGUUGAAUUACAUUUAUCGUGUUUUGAAGAGAAGUGAAGUGCAGCCAAAACCUUGUAAAUGAAGUUUACAUAUACAUUUAAUGAGGAGCUUCUUGUUGAAGUCUCUCUUGCAGACCAACACUACUGGCAUCGAUACAUAAAUAAUUUAAACUUCUAUGGACAAUAUUACAUAGACGUGCAGGCUACACUUACAUGUACAAUGUUUUAUAUACUUUUUUUAUAAUCAUCUACUUUGUCUCAUAUGCAUUAUUUGACUCAAGGACCAACAGUGGAGCUUUUUUUCUCAAAUAAAAACCUUGCCUCAAGGGGGAUUUGAACUCGCAGCCAUAUCUGUCUCUGUGUUUACUGCCUUAGUGCAUCAUGCCACCAAUUAGUGAUAGCAUCUUUAUUGCUGUGAAAGCACGUGUGUGGUGUGGGAUUUUGUCAUAUAUGCGAAAUUGAGUUUGCAGCCUUGUCAAGGAUGCGAUGAUCAUGCAAUAUUGGCACUAUACACUUGAGACAGACCGAGUGAAGGGAAACAAAAGUAAACCUUGAUUUUGGAGGUUUAAAUAUAUCCCUCUGGUGGCCAGGUUGACCUAUUUUAAGAAAUGCCAUUGGUUUGUGGAGAAAAAGUUUGAGCUUUGAUAGGCUGAUGCAGAAUUUGUUACAGGAAAUAACCACUGCUACUUGGUGAGGUUAGCAAGCAUAGGGCUAACGUGUGCCAGGUUAUGUGAUGGUUAGUGCUAUCCGGAUACCUAAACCAUAACCAAAGAUAGACCAGAGCCUGUCGUUUCCAAUGAGAGCUAAUUAAUCAUAGUGGGCAGCCAAGCGCGUUCUAGCAUUUAUAUGCAAAUUUCCAUUAGGGAACGCCUACUCUGAAGUGUGCGUGUGCAAGAACAAUUCGUCCUUGCACUCCUAAACAACAAAAAUUGAAACUUUGGCAAAUUCUACAAAACGCUGUCCACUCUGUUUGUUACAGACUACUUUUUGAAACAGAAAACUGUGUUUCAUCGAUGAGAAAAUUUGCAGAAUGUCGGCCAAAAUCCAUCUCCUCCCACUGCCGGCCACUCGGCUUCCUCUCAUCACCAUAUUUGGUAGUGAGCGGAAACGGCAACCCAAUGCUUCACAUUUAUACAUUCGCUGAAAUAUCGGUCUCAUUGUGCUAUCUGUUCCAUAACCAUUUAACAUUUCAAUGGGGUAGGGACUUCCCAAGGAUCCCGGAUAGCAUUAUCUGAUAGGACCAGUUACAAUGUAGCGUUCUAUCACGUCCAGGUUCAAUUUAAAACUUGUUCUAAUGUUUGCAAGUUUGGCCCAGGUAUGUCUGUAAAUCUGUCCACAAAAGGAGAAAUUAACAAAUGUUAUUGAAACAUAAUACAUAUACCAUAAUAUGAUAACUGUUGUCGUAAUUUUUAUUUGAGUGAAACCAGCCAUUAUGCCAGAGAAGGAUGGCAGAACCACGGUCUUGAUGCAGUCUUAUAAAUAAAGCCUUGUUGAGUGAAUGGUUCUUUGAACCUAGCAAUAUCACUCAUGUUUAACAUGGCAAUCCAACUCUGAGGCGUAUAGCUAACCUCUUUCAACCUCUAAAAGGAAUCAGUUUCAAAGCCAAAAUGAGUAUGUUCAGUCGUUUGACAGGCAGGUGCACAGCUCAAUUAAGGUCAUCCAGUACUGAGGGAAUGAAAGAAAACUCGACAAAGUACAAUUUGCACCUUUAUUCAAGUAUAUCACAGCAGUUUAUUUCAGAAAUACAGUAAAGUUUUCAUUUCAAAUAUAACUUACACCAAAGUAACACUUGAUGGGGAAGAGGAUGAUCAAUAAACUUUAACCUCAAGAAGAAAUCCUUAAACAUGGCGAUGCUACGAAAACAAAACCUACUAAAUCCCACACGAAAGACAAACUCA